UGUCAAUUGUUAUUGUCACCUCUGCUGUCACUGUCAAAACUGCACUUGAACAUUUUGCGCGUUUAAAUUUGUGAAAGAAAUAUAUAUUUUUACUAAAUUACAGUAUUUGUAAUUCUAACUCGUGUACCUACUAACUAUUCAAUAUGCCGAGAGGUAAAUUUACAAAUCACAAAGGGAGAAAUCGUAGAUUUACUAAUCCUGAAGAAUUGGAGGAAGAACGUAGAAAAGAAGAACAAAAAAAGAAAUGGAGACAACAGCAUGGUGAUGAGAGCAGUGAAGAAAGCGAAGAUGAACAAAAAGAUAAUGAAGGAUCUGAAAGUGGAGAGGAAGAAGAAAGUAGUGAUGAAGAGGAACAAGCUAAAGCUAAGGGUGUAUCUAAUUUAAUUGAAAUUGAAAAUCCUAAUAGGGUCCAAAAGAAAACAAAGAAGUUGUCAACACUAAACACUGCCGAUUUAUCUGAUAAACCCCAAUUAUCUAGGAGAGAAAGGGAAGAAAUAGAAAAACAAAAAGCCCAAGCCCAUUAUCAGAAACUUCAUUCUGAGGGUAAAACAGAUCAAGCUAGAGCUGAUUUAGCUAGGUUAGCCAUAAUUAAACAACAACGUGAAGAGGCCAAGAAGAGAAGGGAAGCUGAACAGAAAGAAAAAGAGGAAGCUGCUAAAGCCAAAACUGCAGCAACACAAAAAGCAUUGGGGAAAAAAUAGGAAUUAUGUUAGAUUUUAAUAACUGCACUAAACCUUCAAGAGCAACUAUUUUUUCUAAAUUUAUACUAUCACCUUUGACUAUCACCAAGAUAUUCAAAUGGAAAAAUAGUUCUUGUUUUAAAAUUGAAGGUAAAUAUGCAAUACUUAAUUUAAGAAAUUUUAUUGUUGUAUUAAGAUUUUUUUUAUGUUUACUAAUAUCUCUGGUUCAUACUCUUUUUUUUUCAAAAUCAUAUUCUCAUUUUUGUUAUGUCUCAUAUCAUGUGAUUCUAAUAAAUUCUUUUUAAAA